AUGGAUCCAAGGAAUCCUGACAUUCCCCAUCAAAACUUUCGAUAUGAAUGUACUCCCUCUAGUGUAAACUUUGGAGAACCCGAUAUCCCUCCUUUCAGCUCCCAACAAUCUCAGGCUCCAGCUUUGAGUGAAGACACACCUGCGGGGCGUCGGGAGAGAAAGAAUUGGACCCCUGCGGAUGAUGAGGUUCUAAUAAGCGCCUGGCUGAACACGUCUAAAGACGCCGUUGUUGGAAAUGACCAGAAGUUUGGCACCUUCUGGAAACGAGUAGAAGCUUACUACGCAGCAAGUCCUCAUGCGUUAGAGGGUUGCGGUGGGAGAUCUCAUAACAAUUGUAAGCAGAGGUGGUCAAAGAUCAAUGACCAGACGAACAAGUUCUCUGGAGCAUACGCUGCUGCAGAGAGACAAAUCACCAACGACCAAAAUGACAACGAUGUCCUAAAGGUGGCUCAUGACAUCUACUACUCGGACCAGAAAUCAAAGUUUACCUUAGAGCAUGCUUGGUGUAUCUUGAGGCAUGAACAAAAGUGGUUAAGCCUCAACAGUCCUAAGACUACUGCUUCUGGUAAGAGAAAAACAACUGAGUCGUUUUCACAAGCUUCGAGCACCAGUGUUGGUGACCAAGAGAUGCGGCCCGAAGGUAUCAAGGCUGCAAAAGCAAUCAGAAACAAUGGUAAAGGGAAGGGUUUCGAGGAGUAUAAGAGCAUGUGUGAGCUGAAGAUGGACGAUUUGGCAAUGAAGGAGAAACUAUGCAAGCUCUCCAUACUUGACACUCUCCUUGCUAAGAAGGAACCACUUAGCGAGAGUGAAGAAAUUGUCAAGAAUAAACUGCUAGCCAAGUAUUUUUAA